AUGAGCAAAAGGUCCAGUUGCUGUGCUAUCUGUGAGAACUCAAAUCGUGCUUCCAUUUGUGCAGUUUGUGUCAAUUACAGGUUGAAUAAUGAAUUUAGCACCCAGUUGAAAUCGUUGAAGAGCCAGCGGGAUUCCUUGUACUCGAGACUAAGUGAAGUCCUAGUGGCAAAGGGAAUGGCAGAUGAUCAGUCAAAUUGGAGAGUACAACACAAGGAGAAGGUGGCAAUUUUGAAGGAGAAGCUUCGUCGUAGAAGAGAACGACUCAACCAAGGUAAGGCCAAGGUUGAGAGGAUGUCAGGCGAGCUAAAGGUCAAGUUUAGUGUCCUAGAUUCAGCUCGUGCGGUGUUAGAGAAGAACCGUUUGGAACAACUUGACAAGUUCUAUCCAAACCUUAUUUGCACUCAGAGUUUAGGCCAUAUGGCUAUUACCACAGAACUACUUCAUAAACAAUCUCUCGUCAUAAAACAGAUAUGCAAGUUGCUACCUCAACGGAAGGUGAAAAUGGAAGGGGAGAGAACUAGUGGUCAAUUUGAUCAAAUCUGCAAUGCUCGCUUACCAAGAGGACUUGAUCCCCACUCUGUACCAUCAGAAGAGCUUGGUGCCUCAUUGGGGUACAUGGUGCAGCUUCUAAAUCUUGUUGUUCGUAACUUGGCUGCCCCUGUUCUUCAUAAUGCUGGUUUUGCGGGCUCUUGCUCUCGAAUAUGGCAGCGAGAUUCUUACUGGAAUGCACGGCCCUCAUCAAGAAGCAACGAGUAUCCUCUUUUUAUACCCCGCCAGAAUUAUUGCUCUAGCAGUGGUGAGAAUUCAGUUACUGAUUCUGAUAGAAGCUCCAGUAACUUUGGUGUUGCCUCAAUAGAGUCAGAAAGAAAGGCGUGUCUUGAUUCUUCCCGAAGUAGUAGCUUCAAUUACUCAUCAGCUUCUCCACAUUCAGUACAAACGCACGAGGACUUGCAAAAAGGCAUUGCACUUCUGAAGAAAAGUGUGGCAUGUAUGACAGCUUAUUGUUAUAACUUGUUGUGCUUAGAAAUUCCUUCUGAAACAUCAACCUUUGAAGCCUUUGCAAGACUGUUGUCAAUGCUGUCUUCUUCAAAGGAUGUCCGGUCAGUUUUCUCCUUACAAAUGGCUUGUUCAAGGUCAGGUAAACAAGCUCAAAAGCUAAAUAAAUCUGUCUGGAACGUAAACUCAGCCUUUUCAUCCAGCGCUUUAAUGGAUAGUCAACAUGCACUGCAUCUCACGAAGAACUUGAAUGAAUAUAACCUCCUAAACUCCUCAACCACCAGUUUUCUAUAUGGGCCUACCGAUAUGCCAGAGGUGGGGAAAUAUGAAGGGCUUAUUGAUGGAUGGGAUCUGGUGGAACACCCUAAGUUUCCUCCGCCGCCUUCACAUACUGAAGACGUCGAGCAUUGGACUCGCGCCAUGUUUAUCGAUGCUACGAAGAAGAAAUAA